AUGGCUGUCGCAUCCCCUCCGUCGACAUCCCGUGAACAUCCCCCCCAAGACGACAAUCCGUGGUCGAUUCCCAAGCGCCCUCUGUUCCAUAGCGCCGACGGCAAUGUCUUACCAAGGAUACGGCCAACCGCCAGCCUCCUCAAGGCUACGGCCAACCGCCAUACCCUCCUCAGGGCCACUACCCACCACCACAACACGGGCAUCCUCCUCCCCAACAAGGCUACCCACCUCAGCAAGGCUAUCCUCCCCAGCAGGGCGGUUAUUACCAGCCUCCGCCAGGCCCUCCCCCGCCGCAAGGGCAUCACGCCCCUCCUCCGGGUCCUCCGCCAGGCGGCCAUUAUCCCCCGCAAGGGCAGCCCCCGUACGGCCAACCUCAGCAAUAUCAGCAGUACGGUGCACCGCCCGGUCCUCCUCCCCCGGGUCAGUACGGUCAUCAUUCACCUGCACCUCCACCCGGUCCGUAUGGCGCGCCGCCAGGCGCUCCCCCCGGCCACGGUGCGCCUCCGCCGCAUGGACAGGCACGCCCAGGCGCUUAGAGCAGCUAUGAAAGGGUUUGGGACGGACGAGAAGGCGCUCAUCCGGAUUCUGUCCAACAAAGACCCGCUACAGAUGGAGGUCAUACGCCAGACUUUCGAUCGUAUUCACAAGCGCAAUCUGAUCGAGGACCUCAGAAAAGAAACAAGCGGCUAUUUUGAGAAGGGACUUGUCCAGCUGGCGCGCGGACCGUUGCACACAGAUUGCCAUCUCUUGUUCGAAGCGAUGGAUGGGCCAGGUACGAAGGAGGUUGUCUUGAACGACAUUCUUCUGGGCCGCUCCAAUGCCGACAUUAAGGCUAUCAAGAGCACAUUCCAGCAAACUUUCAGACGGAGCCUCGAGAGCGCGGUCAAGGGUGACCUUAGCAUGAAGACAGAGCGGCACUUUAUGAUUGUCCUUGGCGCUAAUCGCGCUGAAGACUCUGCGCCCGUCGAUCCUCGCCAAGUUGACCAGGAUGUGAUGGACCUGUACAAGGCGACGGAGGGACGGAUGGGUACGGAUGAGAUUUUGGUCUGCCAGAUUCUAAGUACAAGGAACAACGACCAGAUUCGAGCUAUCGCCCACUCAUACAAGCAAAAGUUCAGGAAGAACUUGAGCGACGUCAUCAAAAGUGAAUUCUCCGGUCACAUGCGAGAUGCGCUCCAUUUCCAACUGCAGGAGGCUGUCGACAAAUACAUGCAUGCAGCCACACUGCUCGAGGAAUCCAUGGCAGGGAUGGGCACAAAGGACAACCUGCUUGUCGCGCGCACAAUUCGGUACCAUUGGGACCCAACCACGCUGGCCAAUGUGAAAGCAGCGUACCAGCAGAAAUAUCGCAAGAGCCUGGGUGCCCGUAUCAAAGGCGAAACCUCUGGGGACUAUCGCCUGCUUAUGAUGGCUUGUGUUGGGGAAUGGUCCUGA